AUGAUCGAGGAAGGCAGUAAACGAGGCAAGGCCAUGGUGGAGAAGAGACAGCUCUUCAUGGAAAUGAGAGCUCAAAACUUCGAUGUUAUCAGACUGUCAACUUACAGGACUGCCUGCAAACUCCGGUUUGUGCAAAAGAGAUGCAACCUUCAUCUGGUGGAUGUCUGGAACAUGAUCGAAGCCUUUCGUGACAACGGGCUCAACACAUUGGACCACAAUGCUGAAAUCAAUGUGUCGCGGCUGGAGACUAUCCUGUCUUCCAUCUACUACCAGCUCAACAAGCGGCUGCCCACAACCCACCAGAUCAAUGUUGAACAGUCCAUUGGGCUGCUGCUCAACUUCAUGGUGGCCACCUAUGACAGUGAAAGCCAUGGGAAGUUGACAGUUUUCUCAAUGAAAUCAAUGCUGGCAACAAUGUGUGGGGGGAAGAUUGUGGACAAACUACGUUAUAUUUUCUCUCAGAUCUCUGACUCGAGUGGAGUCAUGGUGUUUGCCAAGUUUGAUCAGUUUCUCCGGGAGGUGCUGAAGCUGCCCACAGCUGUGUUUGAGGGCCCUUCGUUCGGCUACACGGAGCAUUCGGUGCGGACGUGCUUCCCUCAGCAGAAGAAGAUCAUGCUGAACACAUUUUUGGACGUGUUGAUGGCAGAUCCUCCUCCUCAGUGUCUCGUAUGGCUACCACUCAUGCACCGACUUGCUAAUGUUGAAAAUGUCUUCCAUCCGGUGGAAUGUUCAUAUUGCCGGAGCGAGAGCAUGAUGGGUUUCCGGUAUCGGUGCCAGCAGUGCCAUGGCUACCAGCUUUGUCAGAGCUGCUUCUGGCGCGGCCAUGCCAAUGGUCCCCAUAGCAACCAGCACCAGAUGAAGGAGCACUCAUCUUGGAAGUCUCCAGCCAAAAAGCUGAGCCACGCAAUCAGUAAAUCUCUAGGCUGCGUCCCCAUCGGAGAGCCACCGCAUCCUGUGUUCCCCGAGCAGGCCGAGAGACCACAGGAACUCACCCAUACCGUUCAGCCGAAACCAGUGGCCAACAACAUGAACGACACAAUGCUCAUGUCCUCUGGGGCGCCUACUCCUACCAAAAGUGUCUUGGAGAGUCCCAGCCGGCUAGAUGAAGAGCACCGCCUCAUCGCUCGCUACGCUGCCCGCCUGGCAGCCGAGGCGGGCAACUCCACACAACAAUGUCCCCCAACAGAUCUGAGUUUCAACUUCGAUGCCAAUAAGCAGCAGAGACAGCUGAUUGCGGAGCUGGAGAACAAAAACAGGGAGAUCCUCCAGGAGAUCCAGAGGCUGCGUUUGGAGCAUGAACAGGCCUCUCAGCCGACCCCAGAAAAAGCCCAGCAGAAUCCCACACUUCUGACUGAACUGCGGCUCCUCAGACACAGGAAGGAUGAGCUAGAGAGGCGCAUGUCAGCCCUGCAGGAGAGCAGACGGGAGCUGAUGGUGCAGCUGGAGGGGCUCAUGCGGCUGCUAAAAGAUGAGGAGCAGAAGCAGGCUUCCCAGUCCGGAGGCUCCCCUCAUUCUUCCCCCAGCCACGGUGCGGGCUGCUCCAUGCCCAUGCCUAUACGCUCCACCUCGGCUGGGUCCACCCCAACUCACACACCACAGGACUGCCUGGCAGGGGUGGGAGGGGACGUGCUGGAGGCCUUUGCUCAGGGUGUACCUAGAAAUCUUCGGAACGAUCUAUUAGUCGCUGCUGAUUCAAUCACCAACACCAUGUCAUCUCUGGUGAAAGAGCUCCACUCAGUAGAUGACGGAGGAGAGGAGGAAGAGACCAACAUGAGGAACGGUGGGGACAGAGGUGAGUCCAGGCACAGUGAGAGCACAGAAGCACUGAGGGAAAGAGAACACUAUCCCAUCCUGUAA